CAUCUCGGUCCUCAGGCCGCCAAUCAGCUCGGUCCUCAAGGCGCCAAUAGCACCAAGGACAUCGGUCAAGGACAAGGCUCUAGCACCGCCAUCGCUCAUGGCCGCGGGCGGGCUUGAUGAAUCUACUCAACCUCGGCAUUGUGAGCGUUCUUUGAGCAAAUUGUCUUGAUUGUGGAACAGUAAACCCCUGGAAACAGGCGGUGAAGUUUUUUACGGCAAUCGGGGGCAAUCGAGCUUUCGGGGCGUGGGCGGGCACGCGGGGACACAUGCAAAAGUUUGACAAUUCGUUCAGGGGAUUGUUUGAUGAGGAGAAGCUCUUAUCCUCUUUUGAUGUAUAUGCGCGGAAUUGCAGAAGCAGUAUUUUGCACACCCAUGGAAAUCGAAUCCUCAACUUUUUCCUAAACGCUUGCGAGUAGCUGACUUAUGGCGUAAUGCUCAAGUGCAGCUGAAUAGGCGAAUAGCUCGGCUUAGGGGGCAAGGGCCGCGUCAGCAUGACUGGGGCCUGCGCAGGGGCUGGCGAUACCCGUCAACGCGAUACCUGGCAACGCGGUGUGGCGCCGCGGGCGCUGCUAGGCCUCCGUGCAGCAGUGUAGACAAUUAUGGUUGGCAGCAGCAGGCAGGAAGCACAGCUAAAGGCAAAAUUAGCGGCACCUGCGGCUGCCAGGGGCUGCCAGGGCCUGGUGGCGCCGCAGCCCCCGGCGGCGGCGUGGACAUCGGGCGCGGCGGCGGCAGCAGCCAGGGAGUGCAGCCAGCGGCCGCAUCAGCACCACCUGCAGUUGGCGGGGCGUGGUGGUGCCUGCCCGGCGCCUAGCGACGCCUGCGCGUUUGAGGGCGUGUGGCGACGCCGCAGGCGCAGCGUGGGCUUGCGUGCGGCUGCGUGGACCCCUCGCGGCGGCGGCAGCAGGCAGGGAGUGCGCCUGCAGUUGGCGGGGCGUGGUGGUGCCUGCACGGCUUCUAGCGAUGCCUGCGCGCGUGAGCUCCCAAUCGCACCUGCACUUGGCUCGAGGUCAUGACCACCAGGUCGUCGCGGCCGUCACCAGUCAUGUCGGCAAGCAGAAGGGCCUCGGGCUUGGGCGUACUGCCGAAGUCGAUGUCGGCCGCAGCGGAGAAGGCGGACGCCCAGGGCCGACCGAACGCCGCGUGCCCGAUGAGCUUGCCGUCACUCCCAUACUUGCGCAGCAGGACGUCCUGGACAUGGAAAAGCCAAACUGUCAGCAUUUCGGGAGAUGCCUGGGGAACUGGUCAGGGACAGGCCGGUGCCGGCCGGGUUUUGCAUGGGUGAACGUGUCGGCACAUUUCGUACUGUCAAGUCACAUUGAAAUAAGCCGUUGCAUAGCAGGCCAGUCUAUCAGGAUACUUGUCCGCAUACGGGUGGACAUGUCUAUGUGUCCACUUGUCUGAUUGUGUUCCCAAGGCGGAUCAUUUUACAUAGCGAUAGAGAGAGCAGGCAAUUGGCACCAACCUGACAAAAUAAACUAAGGGAUUCUGAGGGGGUUUUGGGGGGUCGUACGGCAGGGGUCCGGCGGUCGGUCGGUCGGUCGGUCCGACCCUCUACCCGUCACCUCCCCUGGUCCGCCUCCCCCCUCCCCUCGCCCUGCACGCUUUUCUUCGAAGUCCGGGAGUUUUUGUGGCAUGGGGUCAAAAAGUUUGUUCCACCCCCCCCCCUGCCGGGGAGGUCCAUUCGUACUGCAGGUAUGUGGCGCCAAAUCCCCCCCGUGCAUUAGUUGGGUCCUUGGAGUGCACGAGUCCGGGGCGUGUGCCAGCGCCGGUAAACGGUACACGGAAAUGAGUGCAAGCAUGUCGGCAUUGCGCAGCGGUUGGCGGCAGCUCUCUUGCCGUCGCAGGGAGAGCCGUCAUCAGCCAAGCCAAAUUGUAAACUCACAAUAUG